UGUAACUUGACAAUUACAAUGCUAGAACUCAUGAGUUGUAACGUGACAAUUACAAUGCUAGAACUCAUGAGUUGUAACGUGACGAUUACAAUGCUGAAACUCGAGAGUUGUAACGUGACAAUUACAAUGCUAAAACUCGUGAGUUGUAACGUG